AUGGUCAAGCGGAAUCGAUGCUGCGCGAUGGAUUACAAAACUUCGGCCCGGCGGACCAACGUUCCGGUUUCUCGUGUGUUCGUUAAACCUCAGACCAAAAGGCGGAACGUCGUCCAAUUGGCCGCUAGUUUUGAUGUCAACCGGAGUUUUUCCGUGGGAGCUUUUGGCGGCACUUCGCGGGGAGGAAGUGAGGAUGGCAGCCCAGGGAUUGGUCAAUUCUCCCAACCAGCCGUCAGAGCGAUCUCCCAGCGCCUCAAUACACAACCGCCCAGCGUACCUGAGAGCGCUAUGGCCUCGGGGCCAUAG